UUCUAUAAGUAAACAUUCGAUAGAUAUUUCCGACUAGAUUUCAAUAUUGGUUGCAAACAACUUACAAGAAGCCAUAUCUGCACAUAAAACUUUGUUCACAUUCUUGCCAAAACCUGUCUAACGGGCAAGCACUGUGUGUGUGUGUGUGUGUGUGUGUGUGUGUGUGUGUGUAUGUGUGUGUGUGUAUGUUUGUGUGUGUGUAUUUGUGUAUACAGUGUGUGCAUGGGUGGACCAAGGCAUUUGCAUGGAGGUCAUAAGAUACCUUGGGAUAGCCUUCCACCUGGUUUCAGACAGUGCCUCUUGCUGUUUUUCUGCUGUAGGCACCAGCCUAGCUGGCCCUAGAGCUUCUAGAGAUUCUCUUGUGUCUGCCUCUCAUCUCCCUAGAGGAGAACUGGGAUUUGAACCAGGGUCUUCACACUUGUGCAGAUAAGUGCUUUUACCCAUCAAAACAUCUUCCCAUCUCAAAAGCAAUUUCAAACGUUUUAAAAUGUCUUUUAAAUCAACUUGUUUAUUACUAAGAAAUACAUUUUUAAACCAUUAUCAGCUGAAUUGUUAGCAUCCCAGAUUUUUUGUAUGUGGAGGAUAAUAUCAAGAUACUAUCUUUCUCAUUUAAGUACCAAUGUUCUUAAAGAACUUUUCUUUGUCUAGAUUGAGGUCAAUGCAUGCUGUAAUGCUGAUAAAAUUUGUUUUAACUUUGGGAAUACUCUAUAAGCCAUAUGUGAAGACACCUGGUACCACUGAAGUCACAGAGUGAAUAAAGUAAUUUGUGAGAUAGUAUGUCAUUAGCCUGGAAUCAGAACUGAGAGCACCCAUUGUUAGUGCAACACUCACUGUGAUGGAAUUUGUAAGAAAACAAGAGAGAAAGCAUUUAUUUUGGCUCAAGGUUUCAGCCCAUCACUAAAGGAAGAGCACCUGUCUUAAAGUUUUGCUGCUGUGCACAGAUGCCAUGACCAAGGCAAGUCUUAUAAAAACAUUUAAUUUGGGCUGGCUUACAAGUUCAGAGGUUCAGUUCAUUAUCAUCAAAGAGGGAACAUGGCAGCAUCCAGUGAGGCAUGGUGCAGGAGGAGAUGAGAGUUCUACAUCUUCAUCUGAAGGCUAUUGGCAGAAUAUUGACUUCAAAGAAGCAAGGAUGAGGGUUUUAUAGCCCACAGCCACAGUGACACACCUACUUCAACAAGCCCACACCUUCUAAUAGUGCCACUCCCUGGGCUGAGCAUAUACAAACAUCACAUUAUAUACAAAACCAUCACAGUACCCAUCGAGGUGACAAGAACCUAGAGGAGAGAUUGCUUACCUGGUGCUCUUUCUCUGUUUUCUUCUCUGAUUCUGACUCUGGUCAAAGGGAUGGUGCUGCCCACAUGCAGUGUGUGUUUCUUCCCUCAGUUAGUUCUCUCUAGGGAACCCUUCCCAGACACUGCAGAAGGUAAGACUGACCAAUCUUGUCUGUACUGAAAUCAAAUUGACAACACUGACUAACCAUGGCCCCAUUCAAAGGGAACUUUUAGAAAUGAUCUAGCAAUGACCAAACCCAUCCACAAUCUUUGACAAUUGGUUUUACUUCAUUAGUUCCAUUUAUUAUUCACAUGCUCAAAAAUGUGCAUACUCAGAAAUGGCUUUUCUAGUAAACACUGGAGGAUUGUGAUAUUGAUAUUCUCUUUGAAUGUACACAUGUGGUUUCUAGCUAUAUGAUUUCAACCAUCAGAUUUUAAUUUUUUUUUACUAAAAGUUAAAAUAUUUUUGAUAUAUUCUAAUUUCUCACCUUCCAUUGUCUUGGAAGUUAUGUGAAGUCAAGUCUGCUUGACUUCAAUAAAUUUAUUUUUAAAUAAAUAUAAAAUCCAUCGGAAACCAACCAUAUUUAUUAGAUAUUAUGUUCUUGUAGGGGUACUUACCCACAUUUUAAAUGACACUUAAAGACUCUUUUGAAUUUAUCAGAAAAGAGUAGGAUAGUAACAGAAUAAAACCAUAAUAUUUAGUCAUUAAAUUCCAUGAUGUGUCUAAAUGUAAUCCCUUUCACAUUGUCUACAUUUAUAUUUGUUGGACACAGUCUUUAUGUAGUCUAGGCUUACUUCAAAUUUGCUGUCCUUCUGUCUGAGACUACCAAGUUCUGGAAUUACAGCUAUUGCACCACUGUUCCUGAGCAGAGGUAGUUCUUGAAUGUCAUUUUCUGCAUCAUGCCAUAGAUAGAUUACAACAGAAUAAUAUUUGUACUUUGAUAAAUCAACACGAAAAUGUUUUGUCCAGUGAAAAGUUAUAAUAAAACCCCUGAAUCUCUCAAAACAAUGACCAAUUCUACUCACUUAGAAAUGAAGUUAAAUCUUAAAGUUCUUAAGACAGAUAUCUAUUUCUCUUCAUUCCUAUUUUAAAUUAUUCUCUUUGCUUAGAUAUUACUAUCAUAUGUACCUUUUGACUGCAGUUUUCCUCUCAGUAGCCCAGUGAUUACCAUUAUUGUCCUCAUGUGGUCUUGUAACAAAGUAAGUCUGUGCUCACACCAUUUAUGAGUCAUGUAUGUUAGAGAAGUUAAUGUUUAGUUCAAUAUUUAUGUUUCUAACCAACAUUCACAUUUUCAAUAAUUUGUUGAUGUGUUUAUUGAGACAAUUAAACAGUGUACAUCUUAAACUCAUGAAUUUAUAGAACUCAUCAGAGAUCAGUUGUACUGUUAAAGAACCAUAGUUUAUUAUAGGUAAUUGGCAUGGCCAGAGAGGAUGAUUUGUAAAUAUGUGGAAGAUUGUGGCACGGACUCCCCUUAGAUCAGCAGGCAGUUGGAUUCAGGAUAUAGAGUGGACUUGAAAGCCAACCUAAAAUCAAAACACAAGUAUAUACACACAAACAAGACUCCUAAGAAACCCUUUACAGAGUACUCAGUUUGGAAACACUGACUCAAAAGUCUUUAUGAUGGUCAGGUUUGGAUAAAAGUCUUUAUAAUGCUCAGUGUAGAUCAGGAGAUUUCUCAUGAAGUUAUUGAUUUGAACGCAUGGUGGCGGUGUAGGCUAAGAGAAUGAGUAAGAACCCUUUAGCGUCCUCAGACUCUGCUUCACCUAGAAGCUGAAGCAAUUACGGAACCAUUUGCUGCGGCCGCUAAGCAUUCCUGAGACGAGGAGUCAUCGGGAACUUGUAAGAUUAAAUACACAAUUCCACCACAAAGGUUUUCAGGAAGACCAAAGUUACCUCGGUGCUUAAGAGCUGGAAGGGAUUUUUCCUCUGGAAUCAGACAAUAGAGAUGUCACACACAAACGUGUGGUGCAAGACAAGGCAAGUGAUGAUUUUCAUUAUAUCGAUGCUUUUGUGGGAGGUGGGUUCAGAAUUAAUUCAGUAUGCUGUGCUGGAGGAGACAGAAAGUGGCACGUUUGUGGCCAACCUGACUAAGGACUUGGGACUAAAGAUGGGAGAACUGGCUGCUCGGGACGCUAAAGUGGUUUUCAAGGGGAAUAGACAGUAUUUGCAGCUUGACCCACAGACCCAGCAUUUGGUGCUCAACGAAAACCUCGACCGGGAGGAGCUGUGUGGCUCCACAGAGCCUUGUGUGCUGUCUUUCCGGGUGUUACUAAAAAAUCCUUUGCAGUUUUAUCAAGCUGAACUGAGAGUUAUAGAUAUAAAUGACCAUGCCCCAGAGUUUCCUGCCAGAGAAAUGCUCCUUAAAAUAUCAGAAAUAACUCCACCUGGAAAGAUAUUCCCUUUGAAGAUGGCACAGGACUUAGACACUGGCAGCCACAGCAUUCAAAGCUACACUGUCGGCGAUAAUCCUCACUUCCACGUGCUCACUCGCAAUCGCAGUGACGGUAAGAAGUUCCCUGAGCUAGUGUUGGAUAAGGCGUUGGACCGUGAGAACCAAGACCAGCUCAGACUAAAACUCACUGCCGUGGAUGGUGGGUCUCCACCAAGGUCAGGGGCCACAGAGAUUCAAAUAUUAGUCUUAGAUGUAAACGACAAUACGCCUGAAUUUGCUCAGGAGCUCUAUGAGGUCCAAGUUCCUGAGAACAACCCCAUUGGCUCACUACUUAUUACUGUCUCAGCCAGAGAUUUAGAUACAGGAUCCUUCGGGGAAGUGUCUUAUGGACUGUCUCAAGAUGGUGGCGUUAACGAGCCUUUUGAAAUAAAUACAAAGACAGGAGAAAUUCGACUGAAAAGCACCUUGGAUUUUGAAGCAUUUCAGUUUUAUCAUGUAGAUGUUGAGGCCCUAGAUGGUGGCGGGCUAACAGGAAAAUGCUCUUUAGUCAUCCAAGUAUUGGAUGUGAAUGAUAAUGCUCCGGAAGUGAUCCUAUCUUCACUCAACAGCCCCAUCCCUGAAAAUUUGCCCGGUAUCAUAGUGGCAGUAUUCAGUGUUUCAGAUGUGGACUCGGGAAAUAACCAGCAGGUUACAUGUUCUAUAGAUAACAAUCUUCCAUUUCUUCUACGACCAUCUACGGAGAAUUUCUAUACUCUGGAAACAGAUGGGGCACUAGACAGAGAAAGCAGAGCUGAAUACAACAUCACCAUCACAGUCACAGACCUGGGCAUACCCAGGCUCACAACCCAGCACACCAUAACAGUGCAGGUCUCUGACAUCAACGACAACGCCCCCACCUUCACUCAAACCUCCUACACUCUGUUCGUCCGUGAGAACAAUAGCCCAGCUCUGCACAUAGGCACCAUCAGUGCCACAGACUCAGACUCAGGCUCCAAUGCCCACAUCACCUACUCUCUGCUUCCGCCUCACGACCCACAACUGGCCCUCGCCUCUCUUGUCUCCAUCAAUGCAAACAACGGGCAACUGUUUGCGCUCAGGGCUCUAGACUAUGAGGCCUUGCAGGCCUUCGAGUUCCGCGUGGACGCCACGGACCAAGGCUCUCCGGCUCUCAGCAGCCAAACACUGGUGCGAGUGGUGGUGUUGGACGACAAUGACAAUGCGCCCUUUGUGCUCUACCCGAUGCAGAACGCCUCUGUGCCCUGCACAGAGCUGCUGCCCAGGGCGGCGGAGCCUGGCUACCUGGUCACCAAGGUUGUGGCAGUUGACUGCGACUCCGGCCAGAAUGCCUGGCUGUCAUUCCAAUUGCUCAAGGCCACGGAGCCAGGGCUGUUCAGCGUGUGGGCUCACAAUGGCGAGGUGCGCACCACCAGGCUGCUAAGCGAGCGCGAUGCACCCAAGCACAGGCUACUGCUGCUGGUCAAGGACAAUGGCGAUCCUCCGCGCUCUGCCAGUGUCACUCUUCAUGUGCUGCUGGUGGAUGGCUUCUCUCAGCCUUACCUACCUCUCCCUGAGGUGGCGCAAGACUCCAUGAAGGAUGUUGAAGAUGCGCUCACGCUAUACCUGGUUAUCGCCUUAGCAUCUGUGUCUUCGCUCUUCCUCUUGUCUGUGGUGCUGUUCGUGGGGGUGAGGCUGUGCAAGAGGGCCAGGGCGACCUCUCUGGGUAGCUACUCCGUGCCUGAAGGACACUUUCCUGGCCAUCUGGUGGACGUCAGCGGAGCUGGGACUCUUUCCCAGAGCUACCAGUAUGAGGUGUGUCUGAGGGGAGACUCUGGGACUGGUGAGUUCAAAUUGCGAAAGGGAAUUAACCCCCACUUCCCUUCUGUGGAAUCUGAGAGGAACGCAGAGGAAAGUCCCGCUCUUCGGAAUAGCUUUCUAUUCAUCUAAAUACUUUAGUGUACUAGUAAAUCCUGUGUGAGCUUAGAAAUAUAUUUUAACCUAUAUCUGCACGCUAUUGGUGUUUAUUGACAGAUACUUAUGCUCUAUGCUCUUUCUUUUUAUAAUAGUGACUGGAAAUGGAACCCGGUGUCUCAUGCAUGUUAGGCGAACUAAACCACUGAGCUAAAUUACUUCUCCUUUCUUUUUCUUUUUUCUUUCUUUCUUUUUUUUUUUCGGAGACAGGGGUUUUCUUUUUUCUUUUUCUUGUUUAUUUAUUUAUAUUUCAAAUAUUGUCCCCCUUCAUGGUACACCCUCCAAGAGUUCUUCACCCCUCUCUUUUGCCUCUGAAAGGAUGUUCCCCUACCCAUUCAUCUCCUUCACCACCCCCCACACACACACCUCCUGCUCACAUUCUCCUCUCCUGGGGCAUCAAGGGAGACAGUUUUUUUUUUCCAGUGUAACCCUGGCUGUCCUGGAACUCACUCUUCAGACCAGGUUAGCCUUGAAUUCAUAGAAAUCUGCUGCAUCUGUCUUCUGAGUGGUGGAAGUAAAAGCAUGAGCCACCACAGGUCUCUCUAUGUAGCCUGGGAUCGUCUGAAUCUCACUAAAUUGACCUGGCUAGCUUGGAACUCAGAAAGACCCACCUGCAUCUGCCACCUUAGUACUGUGACUAAGGGCUUUUGCCACCAUGCUUGGCCUGGCCUGUACCAUUGCUAUUAUUCUUGAGAUUUCACUUUUUAGAAAGAUGUUUUCUGGAGAUUCUACUAGUUUCCCAGUUAUGCUUCAUAGUUUGUUUUUUAAGUAGUGUAACUAACCUGUAUUUGACAAGUUAAAUAAAAAUAUUUUAAUAGUCUAUGAAAUCAAAGAAUCUUUUAUGUAUAUUAUCAUAUAAAAUCUUUGAGGUUUCAUUUUGAACAAGUGAUUAAAUUAAUUUUACUAUUAGUUUGUAGAAAAUUUUAAAUGUGAAUAUUCAAUAUUAUGGAAUGUUGCAAAUUUAGUCUCAUUUUGUGGUGACUGGUUAUCAGGCAUCUCUAAAUAUAAAUGUAAGGAACUCUAGACGCUAAGACACUUGUCUAUGUACACAUAAUUAGGACUGUCUCUGUGAAUUUUAAUAAUCAACACAUAUUUCUUAAAUGAUGAUUUUACUGAACUGUCAAUUAAUUAAAUCAUAGUUUGUGAACAUUGUGUAAGAAGAGUAUGGUCUUUUAGCAUCAAGAUAUUUACAAAAGUUGAAUAAAUCUUUGCUUAAUGUUACUAACUGUCCAGCAGUUCUUUUUUCAAACAAAAAUUCUACAAAGAAAUGCUAACAUUCUCUCUACAACAAUGUGCCUUUGUAAUAAAAUUUUUAUUUUAUUUUAAUUACAAAAAUAUGAAAAUUUAAACAUGAUCACUUACUAAGGUUAUCUUCUUUCCUUCCAUACAGAAAAUAUCUUUCUGUUCAUUCUAAAUUUUAUUGCUGAGAAUAAAAUCCAGGAGAGCACACUUUAUCUUUUCUUGUGUAACAGUUUGGGAGUUCAAAGUUAUUGUGUUUAUGUAUAUAAAUCUAAACUGUAUUUUCCAAACUUCACCAUCUGCUUUCUCAAGUAUCUAAAUUUUCUCCUCUAACGUUUAUGAAUAUCAUUUAUUAACUACAAAGCAAUUUCUAUUCAUAAUCUUGUUUUGUAGGUUAUUGUUGCCAUAUUGUAUAAAAUGCUCUAUUCAAAUUUCUCUCAUAAGAAAAGAAAAUUGUAUUAAGGUGAUAUGUGGCUAUUUUACUUUUAACCUUAAUCAAAGUGGACUGGGAAACGUUUACUCUCUGGAAUUCUGGGAUACUUGUCCCUCAAAUGGCACCUUUUUUCUUAGGGGCAUUUGCUUCUGUCACUCUAACUAUACAGCUCUGGUUUGGAACUUCAGUGGUUUUCAGUUAUAUAGUUUCCACAGCCCAGAGGUUGUACACCGCCUGGUCCCCUACCUAUAGUGACUAUUGUUAUACCUAAACCCUUCCUGAGAAACGAUCGAUUUUACAACAUUGACCUCAUUAUCUUCUUUGUAUUUGAGAAAGGAGAGUGAACUCUGAGCCAGAGCUGACUGCUUAUAAAGUGAGUGACCAACUCCUGUCAAAUUUAUUGGUCAUCAUAUAUAGUGCACUAGUAAAGGAUAGUGCCAAGAAUGUAUACCCCAGAGACUGAAACAAACAAACAAAAACAAUAACAAAAAUCACCUGGUAGAUGCCCUUCAGGAGUUUCAGGCACAUUGCCAUUUGAAAGUUAAAAACUGUAUUUUUAAAAAUUAAUAUAUUCAUUUAAAACAGAAAGAAAUUAGUAACUCUUACAAUAAAAUGAAAACUGUUCCGAGAGCAAGAAAUUUUGUUUGCUUCUUUAUGGUGUUAUGGUCAAGAACUAAGUGAUUACUUGUUUUAAAUGAACGAUGGUCUCUGCAGAGACAGAGCUUUGUGUACUGAGUUUGUUCCUUCAUGAGAAAGGUAUGUAUGUAUUUCUCUCACACAGCUUAGCUAACUCAAGGCUGCCAUAUGAUGCUUAGGUGAAAGGAAAGAAGCAAAUAGAACCCUUUUCCCUAAAAGGUGUGCCACAUAUUUUAGCCUUUACAGUGCACUUUGAAACAAAAAAAAAAUUAUCUGAAGUUGUAAAGCAGAACGCUUGGUGGCGCUGCAGGCUAAGAAAACUAAAACUUGGCGACUUCGUGACUGUAAAAUCAGCCAUUUCUUGCUGCUGAGAAAGGAAGGUUUGUCCAUUUCUGCCGAUCGAGCCUUUCAGAGAGGUAGAUAAGCUGCGUCCAGCAACA